CCUCUCGCUCCAUCGACCUCCCGUCUCGGCGGUCCCAGGCCCUCCGGCGGCGCGCAGGAUGGCCGCUGCGGUGCGGCGGGGCGCGGAGCCGUGGAACCGCGUGAGGAUCCCGCAGGCGGGCAGCAGCAGCACACUGACGGUGCAGGACCGCAGCGCCACCCUAGACAUUUGCAUUGCAGCUGUCGUGAAAAGGUGCCGUCUCGUCACACGGUCACUCAGGAGCCGGACCUUAGAUGCGGAAGUUGACGUGUUAUGCUCCGUCCUCUACAGCAAUCACAACAGAUUGGGCCACCACAAGCCCCAUUUGGCUCUCCGACAGGUAGAACAGUGCUUAAAGCGUUUGAAAAACAUGAAUUUGGAGGGCUCAAUUGAAGACUUGUCACAGUUGUUGUCUGCCAAUGAAACUCAGCCGGGAGUUACCGAAAGCCACGCCGUCCCUAGCCAGCCGGUGGUGGAGGUGGUGCUGAUGAAGGUUUUGGGAGGCUGCAAGUUGUUACUGCGCCUGUUGGACUGCUGCUGCAAGGCAUUCCGGUUGACCGUGAAGCAUUUGGUACUGCAGGAAUUCAUUAUUUUGAACCUGGUGAUGAUUGGGCUGGUGAGCAGGUUAUGGGUUCUCCACAAGGGACUUUUAAGGAGGCUGAUUGCCUUAUAUGAGCCACUGUUUGGUUUGCAUCAGGAGGUCUCCAGGAUUCAGCCCAUGCCUUACUUCAAAGACUUUGCCUUUCCCUCUGAUAUUACUGACUUUCUGGGGCCACCUUACACUGAACUCUUUAAGGGGAAAACGCCGGCACCUGUUGCCACUAAAGGAGUAACUAAGUUGCUAAAUAAACUGUUUUUAAUGAAAGAACACCUACCAAAGAUCAAUGAAGACACUUUAGAUAGAAUUUCCAAAACAUCUGAACAAGCGAAGAGCAAUCUACAGGGAAGUGUGGACCUAGGACAGCCAGUGAAAACGAGUAAGAAGACCAAGGACGAAAAGCCAUCGGGAUUUGACGUGCGGGCUUUGUGCAGACGGCUGCGAAACAAGGCUCCUCAGGAGACCAGCCUUGAGUUGAAAUGCUCUCAGUCCAGCAAACUUUCCUCUCGAAAGCUGACGAGAACUUCCCGGGCUGCUCACAAUAUUGUGCAGAGAAUCCGGGUGACCAAGACUUUCACCCAGCUUUCUGAAGAAAUCCAAAUGGCAGUCCUGUGGUGCCGGAGCAAAAAGCUCAAGGCUCAGGCCACCUAUCUGGGCAGCAAACUUCUUAAGAGUAACAGGCUUAGACAUGUGGAAGCUCAGGGUUAUAGCUUACCAAAGAAGCUACAGUGCAUGAAAACAUCUCUUUGCAACUGCCUUCUUCGAGGCUCCAUUGUCAGCACUUCAAAGUGUCCUUCCAGACAAAGAUCAAAGCAUAAAGUUUUAUCGAGACAAAGGAAACCGCAGAGAAAGUUGCAGUCAACUCUUUUAAAGGAAACCCAGCAGGUCCCUGAAGGGACUCUGAAGAGCGCCAGGGGCACCAGUGCUAAGUGGAGCCGCGCAGAUGGGGCACUUCCGAGGACAGAUGUCUGUCCCAACAGAAAGCAGGUCUUGAGAAGACUUUCAAAGCCUGUCCUAAAAACAAAGGAGACAGGGAUCCACAGGAAUCUCACAGCAGGCGGUGGAAAUGAAACUGGUUUGCGGACAAAGAGACAAACACACAGUGUUCCAGAAGCUGCUAAAGAGGCAGAUGACAUUGAUGAUAUUUUUGCUUUGAUGGGAGUGUAGAUGUGCGUAUGUGAAACUGUGAGCAGAUAACAAGCUGGUUCGGGGUUCUUCUGCUUUAAGUGGCACUGCUGAGAGCUGGCAACACUGCUUGGGCCAGGAGCUGCUGCUUCUGUGCAACUUUCCACAGGAGUGCACGCCAGUUCAAUAAACGUUUACAGCAGCAGCUGUCAGUUCCUCAGUUAGUGUUUACUUGGCUUUGACCGGAGGGUGUGAAAUAGGAAAAGUGUCACUGUCUGCCCCUAAGUAACACCUACCUUCUUGACUGAAGCAAGUAGGUUUCAGGUUUCUGAAAAUUAGAUGUUUAGGAUUUACUAGGGAGUUAAGAUCCCGAGUUCACAAAAUCUUAUGUAUCUGAGGGUAAACGGAGCAAGUUUGGAGAGUAGCAAGGAAGCACCAUAAAGGUUUGUGUGUGUGCAUGCACGUGCGCAUGUGUGUUGACAUCAGAGGGUAACUUGUGAGAGUUGGGUCUCUCCUUCCAUCUGUAGGUCCCAGGGUGGAGUUGAGAUUGUCAGGCUUAGCAGCAUGUGUGUUUACUCGCUGGGCCAUCUCACCUGCCCAGGUUCUUCUCUUGAGUACAGUGUGUAUGCCGGUACUAAGAUGAAUUAUCAAAAGAUUUGCCAUUACUUGAAUAAUGGUUAAAACUAUUGAAUCUUCAUUUUAUCACUGUAACUCUUAAGAGGGUAUAUUACAAGAGGGUAUAUUACAAG